AUGUUCAAUUCCAAAACUGGAGUUGAAGAGAACCCUCCUCAACCACCCCCAACAACAACAACACGAGUGCGAUCACCAUUGGAUUCACUCUCUACUGAACCCUCUGCUCUCCUCCUCGGAUCAAUGGCAAGCAGAGAUAACCUCUCUUCCGAGUCAUCCCAAUGCUGUUCACCGUCAUCAUUAUCAUCAUCAUACAUCAUCUCUACAACACCACCACCGAGCUCUUCUUCGCUUCCUGGAACUAUCAGUGUUUUCCCGAGUGUUUGUAGUGAACAUCAGGAGGAUGAUCCUCUUGAUCCACUUCGACAACAACAAAUAAGGAAGAAUAGAUCCAGGACGAAUAGUAUCAGUUUUGUUCCACCAUCAUCAUCGGAGUUUCUAAACAGCACUCAUAUGAGUGUUAUGCAACAUUCUCUUCGUUCAUCAGCAAAAACAACACCAAACUCAUCACUAGCCCUUAAUCUCUCCAUCGUGGAUCCAAACCUCUUUUUGAAUCAAAAUUAUCCUUCUCCUCGUUCCUCAUGCUCGAGUAGAGCCUCCUCGCCAUCGACGACCACUUCCUCUGCCAUGAGUAUUCGUACAUUGUUGGAAGAUGUAACCACAUGCGUCGACACGGAUGCAAUCCCACUCAAUGUACAUGCUGCAAAACGAGUGGACAAUUUGGUAGAAGAUCAUCAAUUCUACCACACACAACAACUUGCAACCGCAAGACUUUCUACUCCUCCUUCUCUUCUUUCUCAUGCAAGUGGAACAACACAACCCUUCACUUCAAACGAUAUUGAAUCCGUGUCGACUCAUCAUCAUUCCAAUUCAGCAAGCACCAUGAACGGUUCAUCAUCCUCCUCCUCAAUUUAUUCUGAUACUCCUGCUCUUCAUUUAAGUUGUGGUUCGGUCAACCCAACCUCGACACGCCAUUCACAUGAUGAAUCAUCACUAACGACAACCAGCAACACUAAUCAUAGUUUUACCUCGUUAUUGGAAAAACUAGUUUUGUACACGGCAACCAUAUUUUCUUCCUUACUUCCACCCAAAAUGUUAUCUUUGCUGAGAGAAGAGUCACAAUCUCCUUCUUCUCCAGAAGUUCACUCAGAAAACAGAAUGCAAAGUCUUCAAGAUGAUGAAUCACUUAUUAUCAAAUUCAAGUCAAGACAUGAAGAGCUUGCGAAAAAUAAUCCCAAAUUAAUGAUUUGUAUUGCUGUGCUUUUAUUGUAUAUGACAUAUUUCUUUAUAGAUCCAACAACUCACAGUUAUGUAAUAUUUUGGCUUGGAUUUGUGGUAGAAAUGAGCAUGAAUAUCACUGUUGACCACAUAUUAUGCACAACACAAACAAGGUCUAUUUUCAAGCUGGAAUUAAUUAAUAUGUGUCGAAUGUUUUUUUCAUUUGCUGCUCGAUUGUUGGUUCAGCUGUAUUAUGGGCCUUUUUUUCCUUUCUGGAUUUUGCAAUCAUUCCCAAUUAUAAUCGUUGUCAACAUUUUUUACUACAGACGAGAAUUCUCAAUUAUUAAUGUAGCCAUUAACAUGGUGGGCACAUGCGUUUCAAUGCAUGUUGCUGCAUUAUGGGAGUUUCAAAAAACAAACGACGAGUUCAUAUUUUAUGCAACUAAAACUAAAAUCUUAGAGACGAUGGGGUUGCAGUUUAUUCUUUUUGCAACGUCUUAUCAGUUUUCUUACAUGAUGGAAAGACAAGGAGAUGAGAAUACGAAAAAACAAUUAGAAAUUCUCAAGCAACAAAUUGUGAACACCUCAAAAACGAAGUUUAUUGGGAAGCUGUCACAUGAAGCCAGAAAUCCACUUCAGGGUAUUCUCUCAUCUGUACAGUUAUUACAGAAUGAGAUAAAUACCUAUGAAAAUCAAGUAUUCAGCCAAGCUUUGAAAGAAACUCUUGAUGAUAUUUACUAUAAUUCUACACUGUUGCUGCAUAUUUUCUCAACAUCUUUACAACUGACCAAUUUAGAGCUAGGUUCGAUUAAGCUAAAUGAACAAAAAUUCAGUCUACUGGAAUGUCUUGAAAAUAUGGUUUCUGUGUUUUUUAGAGCUGCAGACGAAAAAGGAAUCUCGAUAGGGUCAUGCUAUAAUUUCAAUUCCUUAUCCAAGUAUAAUUUUCUGGGAGAUCAACCAAGAGUGGCUCAAAUAUUGAUGAAUAUUAUUUCUAACGCAGUUAAAUUCACUGAAAAAGGAAUGGUCUUUCUUUCCUGUGACAUUUGUACUAAGAGCGAGUUGAAUCAACUUAAAAUAAGAGAAGAUCCUGAGUACUCAUAUGUCAAGAUUAUUUGCGAAGAUACGGGCAUUGGCAUGUCAAAAAAUACUCAACAAAAUCUUUUCAAAAAGCCAUUCCAUCGAAUUGAUGCAGAUACAGUUAAUUCAGCUAUUCAUGGCAACGUUGAGAAUUUUAACCCCAUCUUUGAACAGUAUUUUGUCAACUCAUUAUCACGUAAUUCCGAUAUUGUAAUAGAUGAUAAAUCUGGUAGCCAGAAUGAAGGCUCAACUAGAGGGUUUGGAAUUAGCAUUUCUAAAAGCUUGCUAGAUUUGAUGGGAGGCAAAAUAUUUGUUUCCUCUGAAUUGGGCCGUGGAACAAAAGUAACUAUUAUCUUACCUCUAAAGAAUUUGCCACUGUCAGAACAAGUAGAUGCAAUUACUUCUGAUUUCGAAUACAAUUCAGACAAUAGAAGUAUUAGCGCCUGCUCAAAAGAGUUGCACGAGGCAGUUCAUUAUUGCAUUCCUGACUUUUACGUGUUAGAUUCCAAUCCACUUACUCCGGUCAUUUUGAAACCUUAUUUAUCAUUUAUUUUUCCAAGCUCAAAAAUUUUAAUUACCGACAAUGCUGAGGAAAUUAAGGACAAACUAACUUCAGAACAAAAGUUUUCGACCAUUAUCUAUAAUCAAGCUGUGUGUGACUCACGUGCGUUCGAGCCAGUCGCCAACGAUUGCGUGUUAAUUCCAAUGAAUAACAGAGGACGAUACACAGAACAUCGGUACUUGUCUCGACCAAUCAGAUUUAAGGACCUGUUGGAAGUUCUUUUAUUCUAUGUGAAAAGCCGCCCAGUGGAGUUGACUUUGAUGAAUACUUUUGAAAAAUCAUCUUCAAACUUAAGCCAAAACGAUGAUGACAUCCCUCAAGAACCAGUUCAAAAAGCUGCUCUUGUUGUUGAAGAUAAUGAUAUCAAUCGAAAAGUACUCGCUAAAAUGUUAAGGGUUAUUGGAUUUAAGAAGGUGGAUUGUUGUGAAAAUGGAUUAGAUGGAGUUGAAAAAUUCAAACAAAAUCAAAAUCAAUAUGGAUUAAUAUUAAUGGAUUUGUUGAUGCCUGUAAUGAAUGGGAAGGAAGCUUGCUGCAUGAUCUCUCAACUCCAAAAUGAUUCAUCAAUUAAAACUCCUGUAAUUGCAGUAACGGCCAAUAUAUGGGAAACAAAAGAACAACUGUUGUCUCAAGGCUUCAGUGAUGUGUUGUACAAGCCGAUUACUCUUGAGAAUUUGAAGAACCGACUAUCUGAAUUUAUACAAUAA